AUGGCUUCAUCCAAAGCAUCGCUCUUUUUAGCAUGGACGGCUUUCCUACCAUCUUUAUACGCAGCUCCUUUAUUACAAAAACGAUCCGAGUCUGGUCCUUAUAUCACAACCGAUUUCCCUGAUCCGUCCAUCCUCAGAGUUGGAAGCACCUGGUACGCAUUUGCUGGACAAUCUCUAUACGACUACAAGAGCACACACAUCCAAUUUGCAACCUCAACAGAUUUUGAGACGUGGACGCUACAACCGGGGAAUGACAUGUUGCCAGAUCUGCCAAGUUGGGUAGACUCUUCAAAGGAUCAUAUUUGGGCCCCAGACAUCAAUCAUUUGGAUGAUGGCAGAUUCCUCUUAUAUUUCAGCGCACCUACGUAUGACACCAAUGCUCCUCAUUGUAUUGGCACUGCAAUCAGUGACUCUAUCGACGGCCCAUACACGCCACAUGAGACCAGUUUUGCCUGCCCUGCUGAUCGAGGAGGCGCCAUCGAUGCAUCUGGUUUCCGAGAUGCAGAUGGAACCCGGUACGUCGUAUACAAGAUCGAUGCCAACUCGCUCGGGCACGGCGGGACUUGCAACAACGGAGUCGAGCCGAUCGUGCCCACACCUAUCCUUAUCCAACAAGUCGAGAGCGAUGGAGUGACAAAAGUUGGCGACACAUCCGAACUCAUCACGAAUGACUCCCCUGAAGACGGACCGCUUGUUGAGGGACCUAGCCUUAUCCAUUCUGGCGACACAUAUUACUUGUUCUACUCCUCCAAUUGCUUCACCACUACAAACUACGAUGUCGCGUACGCCACCAGCUCAUCACCCACCUCUGGCUUCACGAAGCAAGGAACUCUGUUUGGAACUGGCUAUGGAGGUCUCAAAGGUCCCGGUGGAGCAGACGCCGCAUUUGACAACAGCCACUUUGCCUUUGCCGCGCAAAAGGGCGAUGGAAGGAGAGGCCUGUACACGGCUCAGAUUACACUCAGUGGGGACAGCGUCUCCGCAUAG